CCCCCAGUCAGAGUGAAAGUUGUCUCCGCUUGGAAAAGCGGGUGUACGGGGCUCGCUAGUUUCCACCGCCGCUGCUUCACACGCUUUCUCCCGGAGAGAUGAGGCGGAAGGAGAAGAGGCUGCUGCAGUUCGCCGGGCUGCUCAUAGCGGCUCUUCUUUUCCUCCCCAACGUCGGGCUGUGGUCUUUGUACAGGGACCGAGUCUUCGACAACUCGCCCGACACAGUGGACGGACCAGGCGGCAUCCCCCAGAUACAGGGGGUCAACCGGGUGGGGAAGGACGCUCAGGUGGGGCGCGACGGCGUGCGGAGGAAAGACUGGCACAACUAUGAUGCAAUCAAAAGAGAUGCCUCUCGAUCUGGUAACGGUGAACAGGGGAAAGCGUUCCCCCUGACAGAUGCUGACCGUGUCGACCAGGCCUACAGAGAAAACGGCUUCAACAUUUAUGUCAGUGACCGGAUCUCCCUCAAUCGCUCCGUCCCGGACAUCCGCCAUCCAAACUGCAAACAGAAGCUGUAUUCAGAGAAGCUGCCCAACACCAGCAUCAUCAUCCCGUUCCAUAACGAGGGCUGGUCAUCGCUGCUGAGGACGGUCCACAGCGUGCUCAACCGCUCUCCUCCACAGCUCAUAGCAGAGGUCAUCCUGGUCGACGACUUCAGCGACAAAGAGCACCUAAAGGUAGCGCUGGAGGAGUACAUGAUGCGGUUGCCGAAGGUUCGCAUCCUGAGGACCAAGAGGAGGGAGGGGCUGAUCAGGACUCGUCUGCUUGGAGCCGAUGCCGCUAAAGGAGAAGUCAUCACCUUCCUGGACUCCCACUGCGAGGCCAACGUCAACUGGCUGCCUCCACUGCUGGAUCGAAUCGCGCAGAACAGGAAGACCAUCGUGUGUCCGAUGAUCGACGUGAUCGACCACGAUAACUUCGGCUACGAGACACAAGCAGGGGACGCCAUGCGAGGAGCGUUCGACUGGGAAAUGUACUACAAACGGAUACCCAUCCCUUCAGAGCUCCAGAAGGAUGACCCCAGUGAACCCUUCGAGUCACCAGUAAUGGCCGGUGGGCUGUUUGCUGUGGACAGGAAGUGGUUCUGGGAGCUGGGAGGAUAUGACACGGGUCUGGAGAUCUGGGGAGGAGAACAGUACGAGAUCUCCUUUAAGGUGUGGAUGUGUGGUGGUCGAAUGGAGGACAUCCCUUGCUCCAGGGUAGGACACAUCUACAGGAAGUACGUCCCCUACAAAGUUCCUGGUGGGGUCAGCCUGGCCAGGAACCUGAAGCGCGUGGCAGAGGUGUGGAUGGACGAGUACGCCGAAUACAUCUACCAGCGUCGGCCUGAGUACCGCCACCUGUCAGCAGGCGACAUGACGGUGCAGAAGGAGCUGAGGAACCGCCUCAACUGCAUGAACUUCAAGUGGUUCAUGAACAAGGUGGCCUGGGAUCUGCCCAAGCACUACCCACCAGUGGAGCCUCCUGCUGCUGCGUGGGGAGAGAUCCGGAACGUGGGCAGCGGCAUGUGUAUGGAAAGUAAACAUUUUGUAUCAGGGAGUCCCAUCCGACUGGAGACCUGUGUGAAGGGGCGGGGCGAGGUGAGCUGGAGCCAUGGACAGGUGUUCACAUUCGGCUGGAGAGAGGACAUCCGGGUGGGUGACCCCAUGCACACAAAAAAAGUCUGUUUCGACGCCAUCUCCCACAACAGCCCCGUCACCCUGUACGACUGUCACGGCAUGAAAGGCAACCAGCUGUGGCGCUACAGAAAGGAUAAAAGUCUGUAUCACACCGUCAGUAACAGCUGUAUUGACAGCAACCCGAACGAGCGGCGAGUCUUCAUGAACACAUGUAACCCCUCCUCCCCCAGCCAGCAGUGGCUGUUUGAGAAAACCAACGCCACCGUGCUGGAACACUUCAACCGGGGCGCCCACUGAGGCCCUGCAGCAUCCACUCCUGACGCGCUCAGAUGUGGAUCUGCUGCUGCUGCUGCUGCUGCUGCUGCUCUGAAAUGGGGUUAUACAUUUACUCUGGUUCCCCGUUUACCUGGCACCAAGGUGACAGCUGUUUCUCUUUAGGGUGCUCAGACAGAGGCAGGAUGGGACACCAUGGGGGAAGUUGGUUAAACACAUCGGCGAGACGAAAGACUUGAGUUGAGCUCUGAUUGAUGGGUUUGUGUUUAAAAGUGAUUUUGUGUGUGAGAUGUAUUUGUUCUGUCAUGGCGCCACUCUGGCAGUGGGUCUGUCUCACUUCCUGGUUUUGCUGUUGAUUGGUUAUCUGACAUUCCUCUCUUUUCUCAUUCCUUUUGUCUAUUUAAAUUGUUCUCUGCCUUUUUUGCCUUUCUUUCCCCUUACCUGUUCCCUCACAGUUUUUUUCUCUACUUCCCCUCUCUGUCUAUGUACCUUUAUCCUCUGUCUCCAUCUCUUUCCCCCUUCUGUCUCUCCUGAUCCGCCUCUGCCUGCACGUCUGUCUCUAUCUGCCUGCAUGACUGCACCUUUGCCCACCUUCUCCAUACUCGCUCUCAAAUCCCCUUAUGUCUCUCCAGCUCUGACAACCUCCCUGGGGGGGGGGGGCUCCUGCUGAGCCAAAGUCAUCCUGACACCUGGGUGAAGCCAGGCAGAACCACUCUGAAAAUCACCUGGUGAAUUGAUUCUCCUUUACAACCCUAAUCCACCCUCUGUUCCCUCCCUCAUCCACCCUCGUGUCUCCUGCCCCCCUUGGCUUGUAUUUUCUCCUGGUCCGCUCUCCUCUUCUUUGUGGCCAAUGUGGGCAGAGCUGCUUUGAAGGUAGAAAGUGGAAGUGGACAAAGAAAGCGUGAGGGAAAGAGACGACGACCUUUCUAAUGCCCUUCGCUCCUUUUUCUUCUUUUCUGUACUGUCUUCGUUGGAUUUAUCGAUGAGUCGUCUGCGGGUUUGUCACUGUGCCACGUUCUUCUUUUAUUCCUCAGAGGCGAGUGCUAUCCAACGCCAGGGUUAGUGCGGGCCAGCUCUUGCUGGCCAAGGGCUUGUUUGUUGUUUGUGGUGGUGAUGGUGGGGGUGGGAGCUGCUGUCACCCCUCUUAGAGUCUCCCCCUGCUGUCUUUGCGCCCUUUGCUGCUCCCCAGCCGACUCCGCUGAUCAGUCGCUGAAACGACCCCGUCACAGACGGCUGAGCGCGGGGUCACGUCGCGGCACAAAGCAGCAGGCAGGACUGUAAACGGACGCCUGCCUGGCUGGAUGACUAGCUAUGUGACUGGCAGGCCCGCUGAUUCACAGCAGGGCCGCCCGAUUGGCCGGCUGCCGAGCUGACACAUCACUUUAGCGUACAGUGUGAGCCGGAGAGACGAAUGGGAGAAUUACUGUGGAUAGGCUCGCUGAGGUAGCUCUGGGAUUGAGAUGAAUGUGGGUUUAAAAUGCAUAAAGCACUUGUGUAAUGAUAAACUUGAAUGAAAUCUUCGUGCCUUGUUGGAAGAGGACUAGAUGUAGGUGUGUGUAUUUUCAGAAUGUGUGUGUGUCUGUGGUCUAAAAUGUCUACAUCAGCAGAGAGGACAAUUCAUCUUUACAUCAAAAGAGAAUCUCAUUUGAAUUGAGGAUGAAUUGCCUUUGACUCUGGUGAAGGACAUUGAAGGCACCACUGGCUUCGUGACUCCUAUGGCUUUCUAAACACACAUGUAACUGCUGGCUGUGAAUAGAGCUAAAGAGACUUUUUUCCACCAUAUUUUCCUCCUGCCUUGAAAAGUUAACUCUAGCCCUAAGAAGACCUCCGUUCUAUUUUAACGACAUGAUGCUGUUGUGCUGUUUGUCCCACCUGUUCGAUCCAAAGUACUUUUAUGGGAAAGGGAAUUGUUGUUUGCCACCUUUUUAAACCCCUUUUGAUUUUCUUUCUGUUUUUAAUGAAACGUUCUUUUAUUAUUUGUUUUGAUCCUGUGGUUGAAACGAUGAUGAUUUAGAUUCCUGCUCAACGUGAUGUUCUGGUCUGUCGCCUGCACCCAGUCUCUAAUCCAAUUUUGUGAAGCAGAACAAUGUACAGUACAGUUUGUGCCAUUUUAAUCCUAAAUUCCAUGUCUCAUGCUCUGUUAGAUUUUAGCUGUAGACCAAAACACAAAGUCAUACUUUCAAAAUACCUCAGUCAGGAUACUUUUAAGUCAUAGAUUAGGCUAGCUUGCACAUAUCAAUCAAUCAAUCAAUCAAUCAAUCAAUCAAUCAAUCAAUCAAUUUUAUUUAUAAAGCCCAAUAUCACAAAUCACAAUUUGCCUCACAGGGCUUUACAGCAUACGACAUACGUCAAACAUAUUAGUUUGCUAAAUUUACAUGUGUCUGUGCAUGUCAGAUUGUGUGGUACACAAAUAUGUAAAAGCAAGAAAGAUAAACCGCCAAUUAAAUCUGAACUGAAUGUGCAGAUUUUAUAAUGAUCAAAUCAUAUGUCCAUCUGUUGACAGUUUUUCAGUCAAGACACUUACAGACGCAAUACAUUUUGCAGAGCUGGAAAAUAUAGAGGUAGCUUUGCUGAUAUUUUGAUUUUCAUUACUUGCACUAAUAAUAAGAAAAAGUCCUCCAAAUAGACACUUGACUCAACUUCCAAAUCCUGCAUUUUAUAAAUUAAGAAAUUGGCCAGCUCCGUGAUUGUGCUGUCUCAGCCCAUUCUCUGAAUACACAUUCAUACUUUAUAUCAUAACCUGCAUGUAUGAAUGCAGAACAAGAAUCCUGAAUUAUUUUGGUUUGAUGAGAAUGAGAAGUAUAGGCUAGUUUAGUUUCUAAAGCUUGGACAGUUAGGCAAAUUAAACUGAAUACACACAAUGAGUUUGUUAGAUGUUUGACAAGUAUGAAGGCAUAAAGAAUAUACUGUUCAUGUUUUCCUAUAAUUUGUAUGGUCUUGCACAUUACACAUAUUACUGAUAUAGGAAAUGACAUUGAUAUCACCAUACAGACUCCACAUCUGUAGGGAAGAUUUUGUUGUGGUUGGAGCCAUGCCAGCAGUAAAUUACAAGAAGCAAAUAUCUAAGAGAAUCUUUGUGAAUUGAUCAUCACAAAAAAUCUUGCGCUUACGGCAAAGAUUGGAUUAAUGAAGAGUUUUUAGGUUACAGUUUUGUUAGCUUAUCUGAUGAGUAUCAAGACAACCCAAUGUGAGCCGACGAGAACACACAUCAGGCACGCUACACUCUAGGGCGCAGGAUGCAUGGCACUGCCCCCAGGUGAAACCCUUUGUUUUUAGUGAGUCCCAAGUUGAACAGACAGUGUUUAAAUUAUUUAUCAUGAUGAAGAUGAUACCUUCUACAGAAGCGUAUUGCAUUCACUUUUUGUUUGUUUUUCAGAGUAAUUUUUUUCCAUUUUCUGAGUAUUUUUUUCUGAGUAAAGAGAGCAAUAGAACAACAGACACUUUCAUUCCUUUCUUGAGAGCUCGAUAUAAUGGAAGCAAACAUGACCCGCUUGUUUAGUUUAAUCCAGUUUUACUUUGUUUUGGGUUUGAGACACUGGGAGAUACUCUUGUCUUUAAGUCAUAUAGAUGGUGUUAUCAUUAGUUUGUCGACUUUACGCAGGCACCUUAAGACUUUGCGGUUGUUCAGACGAAAAGCCCAUUCAGAUCUGCUGGACAUUGCAGUGUUUCUCCAGAAUCAGUUGGACACAUAACCCAAAACAAAGUAAAACUGGAUUAAACUAAACAAGCAGGUCAUGUUUGCUUCCAUUAUAUUGAGCUCUCAAGAAAUGAAUGAAAGCGUCUGUUGUUCUAUUGCUCUCUUAACUCUUAAAAAAUACCACAAAAAACAGAAAAAAAAAACAGAAACAAAAUUACUCCGAAAAACAGAAAAAAUUACUCAAUAAAACAGAUUUUUUUUAUUUGUCGAAUGAAUGCCAUAUUCUUCCAUAACCUUCAGAUUAGAAGCUUGAAUAUUUUGGCAAAGUCUUUGUCAUGGACUUGGAAAUGCCAAUGUGAUGUUGUGAGUGUCUGCUUGACUUCACAUUUUAGCUGAUCUGCUUCAGAGGAGACAUCAGAAGUUUGAAUUGAAAUAAAGCCAAAGCCACAAAGUGUGAAGAACAAAAGAAUAAAUUCAACAGUAUACGUAGAAUUUCCCAUGUUUUGUAGACUAAUUAUAAAUGUGGCAGCCCAUGCACCGUGCAUAUCUCUAAUCUGUGAUUUGUCCUGCAGCUGACAGCCUCACAUAUCAUUUAUUUCUGUUGCAAAUCCAUCAAUUACCAAUUACUCAAUAUAUCAAGUAAUAUAAUAAUGAUGUAACUAGAGAAUGAUUCGCUCUACCUGUUUUACUGUGAAGAAAAAUCCUGACGUUGCGCUCCUGAUAGAAGAGCAUAGAGUUUUAAAUUUAGUUCAGGAUGUCUGUGUCCUUUCCUCCCCUGACCUUCCAGCUACACGCCUGGGCGACUUGUACAUUGUCAGAUUGUUAAGAGGUGAGUGGGAAUUGCCGCUUCAGACCACUGAGUCACUGCUGUAGCCAAGUUUCCACUACAGGACCAAACUGAACACCCAUCUGACCUCUUUACACCCUGAUUCCACUACAUUUCCUACUGUUUUUCCUUGUUCUUUUUAAAACACUGUCAUCGGGGUGACGUGUCAAAGUCCUCUUCGGAUCAGUAGUGCAAUCUGGGCUGUUCAAUCAUGUGACUUUAUUGUGAAGGACUGUUAAGGCUGUUUAAUGCGAACACUGUACAUGUGGAGAAAGUUGUGGAGAGGGCCGAAUAUACAGGGCAACAUUUUGGGCUGAAAUGAGACACUUGUGCAAAUGUAAAGUUAUUUUUGUAUUGCUGGAGUACCUGUCGAGAGAUGUAGUCAUCUUGGAAGUUUCUCCUUGUUUUUAUUUUCCCAUGUCUGUCCUACAGAACAGUUUGAUUACAUCUGGUUUGCCCUGAGCCAGCCAUGCUCAUCUCACAGUGCAGCAUAGCCACAGUGUUUCAUAAAAUCAGAACUUGUUGACUGGAACUUGAUUCCUAUCAGCUCCACCUUUGAUAAAAAAUGAUGGUGGAUUUAUACUCCCUUUAUGUACAAAGAAGAUAUGUUGACUCCAAAUGUUGUGACUGUCACUGCCUACAAAAUUCCAUACGUCCUUCCUACAUGACCCAAGGGCAUAGUCAAAAGUUUCUCACAACAAACAUGGCGACAGUGAAGGAAGUCUUAAUAAUGUACCUUUUAACGGAGACAGCGUAGCAGACGGCGGUCUGUGAGGCCAUUGAAUACAUAGCGACACGUGGACAGAGAUUUUUUUUCUUUUCACUCUAUUACACAUUUGUUCUGUUUGGUUAAAAUUUCUUCAUCGCGUCCUAUGGUCAUAUCUUGCUUGAGCUAUGCUACACUGCCCCUACGAUCUCCGGUGGUACUGCUCUAUUUGUGCGUAUCUGUAACGAGCCCAGAUACUAACGAAAUGAACACAUAGUAUGGAUAGAAGGCUCCAUCUGCAUCUGCAUACGUGUCUAAGCAUAAAAGAGCCAUUACACAUACCAUAUAAAGUAGCUGAAAGACAAUGACAGUGAUGAUGAUGUAAAAUAUUUCACAUUUUAAACUGCUGCUGACAUGCCAGGUAUUUUGCAAGUGCUUUUUCCUGAAACAGGACACUUAGUCCCAUUUCCACCAAACACCUGGAACUAAAAGUAACCCUUCAGACAUGGUACCUAGACCCUAAGUCCGUUUAGCAUUUACACCGCAAACAUCACCCUUAGACGUGGGCGAGGUUGUUUUCACUCACUGUAUUUCCUCAUAGAUGGAAUGUCCACACCUCGUUUAUCGUCCCCAGAACAAGGUUGCACGCAAAAACAGAACAGACU